UUGGGGGGGGGGAGCCCUUCUCGGAAGGAGAGGGAAGGAGAAGAAGAGCCUCUCCAGCCAAAGCGCCCCAAAGCGCACCACCGCCUCCAUGGAUUUUUUUUUGGACAGACUUCGCUUAAUGCCCACAAAAUAGGCAUCUUCUGCGCCUGGUUCUGGGAAAACACGACUGCCAAGACCAUCAUCCUCACUCCUCAUCGUCGUCAUCAUCCUCCUCGGUGGGGAGUUUGCACAAGGAUGGCUUGGAGAUGCCAAGAAGGAGCGGAUUGAGAGAGAGAGGAAGGAGAAGGAUGCGCCCCAGAGCAGCCCAGGGACCUGGUUGCUUUUCCUCUCCCUGAGAGAAGUUCCUUUUCCCCUCCUUCUUCCCCCCAUUUCCGAUUGGAAGCUGGACCCUUCCUUGUGCUUGUGUGCUGAGCUUGGAGAGGAGGAUGCGUCGGGGGCUCCUUUAGAAGCCGGCAAUUCCCCUUUCCCCCCUUUCCUGGAGCCUUGCUCCCCUCUUCCCCAUCCCAAAGCCUUGCCUUCCUUGCACCUCUCAACCCUUUCCUCCCUAUUUCUUCCUUCCCACCCUCCAAAUUCUCCCAUGACCCCCUCUCUGGGGAACUUUGGGUCGCCUUGAUGCGGGAUGGACUCUCAAGCUCACCUUUUCUGGGUGACAGGGAUGCUGUGAUGCUUUAAAGGAAGCAGAAGGAAAAGGAAAGAGAGAGAGAGAUCAGCUUGGAAAGGGUUGGACAACCCAGGCAAGGACAGAAGCCCAAGCAACCACAAAACCCAUCCUUCUGAAGGGAAAACAUCUGGAAGGAAGCAAAAAGGGGGCACCGUUACAGAUGACAAAAGGAUGGGUUUCCAUGUAAUUAAGCACCUGAGAGGCAUGAGUGCAGUCUUCGUGCUCCUUCCUACAGUGCUGUUUGUGACAUUGACAGGGGCUCAACGAGCCUGCCCCAAAAACUGCAGAUGUGAUGGCAAAAUUGUCUAUUGUGAGUCUCAUGCUUUUAGAGACAUUCCUCAAAACAUUUCUGGAGGAUCUCAAGGUUUAUCAUUGCGGUACAACAGCAUCCAGAAGCUCAAACCAAAUCAGUUUGCAGGCCUUCACCAACUCAUAUGGCUGUACCUUGACCACAAUUACAUCGGUUCCGUAGACGAGGAUGCCUUCCAGGGCAUCCGUAGGCUGAAGGAAUUAAUCCUGAGCUCCAAUAAAAUCACUCAUCUGCACAACAAAACAUUUCACCCAGUCCCCAACCUCCGCAACCUGGACCUGUCGUACAACAAGCUGCAGGCAUUGCAAUCUGAGCAGUUCAAAGGUCUCCGCAAGCUCUUGAUCUUGCACUUACGGUCCAACUCGUUGAAGACUGUUCCGAUUCGAGUUUUCCAAGAUUGCCGCAAUCUCGACUUUCUGGAUUUGGGUUACAACCGCCUGCGGAGUUUGUCCCGCAAUGCGUUCGCCGGCCUCUUGAAGCUCACCGAGCUCCACUUGGAGCACAACCAGUUUUCGAAAAUCAACUUUGCUCACUUUCCACGUCUCUUUAGCCUGCGCUCCAUUUACUUGCAGUGGAAUAAGAUCCGGUCCAUUAGCCAAGGGUUAACAUGGACUUGGAGUUCCUUACACAACUUGGAUUUAUCAGGGAAUGAUAUUGCGGGGAUUGAACCUGGGACGUUCCAGUGCCUGCCCAAUUUGCAGAAGCUCAAUUUGGAUUCCAACAAACUGACCAAUAUCUCUCAGGAGACUGUCAAUGCCUGGAUUUCUUUAAUAUCCAUCACCUUGUCUGGAAAUAUGUGGGAAUGUACUCGGAGUAUUUGCCCCCUGUUUACCUGGCUUAAAAACUUCAAGGGGAACAAGGAAAGCACCAUGAUUUGUGCAGGUCCCAAGCAUAUCCAAGGCGAAAAGGUGAGUGAUGCUGUCGAAACCUACAACAUCUGUGCCGAAAUCCCAGUGGUUGUCACCGAGAAGCCGUACCAGGCACCUAAAACUCAACAGAGGCCCAUUUUUGUCCCCAAGCCUACUCUUCCCAAACUGGAAGACUAUCAACUGACAUCGUUUACACCAAGCCCUUCUCCGGAGUUUCCAACAUCUGGACCCGAACUCGAGUAUGAGCAUGUUUCCUUUCACAAGAUUAUUGCUGGAAGCGUUGCCCUCUUUCUUUCGGUGGCAAUGAUUCUGUUGGUCAUUUAUGUCUCCUGGAAGCGUUACCCUGCCAGCAUGAAACAGCUCCAGCAACACUCUCUUAUGAAGAGGCGUCGGAAAAAAGCCCGAGAGUCAGAAAGGCAAAUGAACUCCCCUUUACAGGAGUAUUAUGUGGACUACAAGCCUACAAAUUCCGAGACCAUGGAUGUAUCGGUUAAUGGAUCUGGACCCUGCACGUAUACCAUUUCUGGCUCCAGGGAAUGCGAGCUCUCCGGAGAAGUCCUGUUUCAAAAAGGAAUUGUCAUGGAUGAUUGUGCAGUGAAUAAGGUCCCUCACCAUAUGAAAACCUUGCCCUAUUAUGGCUAUGACCAGCCGGUGAUUGGAUACUGCCAGGCCCACAAACCCCUCCAUGUAAAUAAAGGAUAUGACACUAUCUCUCGGGACCAGGCUGAAACCAACUUGGAGAGGAGUCGAGACCACAGCUUCAUUGCUACAAUUGCACGUUCGGCUGCUCCAGCUAUAUACAUUGAGAGAAUACCAAACUGACGGAAUGCCGUUCCAGAGAGUUCAGAAGGGUAAAUGGGAGGGUUCCUUUUUCUGGGGAGGGGGGACCUUUGGUUCAAGAGGAGCAAGGAACAAGAAGAGUAAUCAUUCCAGUUCCCGCUGUUUCAACUCCAGCUUACAGGGAAAAGGAGAGAGUUACAAACUGAAUUUCCGCAGUGAUCCUCAAGCAUUCUGUAAUGUUGCUCGUGAACUGGAGAACUUCAGAACGUUCUUUGGCUUUAAACUGUUGAACAAACUUCUUGGUGUAAAUAUCAGAAAGAUUGUUGGGUUCUUAUACAAAAAAAAACAAAAACUUUAGAUUUCACUCUAGCAACAUAAAGGAUGGAUUAAACGUUCUGUUUGUAUAUUUGAUUUUUCUACAUUGCACCGUUCCUUUGAAGGAGAACCACAGAUACCAAUUAAAGGAAUGCGUACUUGGCGGGCGGGAUCCAAACAUAGAUUGAAAAUAUGCGAUAACUUUUUGUUAUUAUGUGUUUAUAACUCUCUUAAAGGUUUCUUUAAAUUUUUGUUGUCCUUAUCAAGAUGGCGAGAACAUCCCAAGCCAAGGUGUUCUCUUAAAAAAUAUUUUGUUGAAGGAAGAAAAAAAAAUAAUUCCAAACUGAGUUUUAAAGACAUUGAUUCAAAAUGGCAUUGGCAAUGUCUACAAAAGAACCAAGAGGCCAAAAUAGGUAAAUCUCGGGGUUCACACCCAUUUUAAAACACAUGUUGUACAUUAUUGGAGAGGAUAUGACUUUUGACUUUUCUUUUUCAUUUUGCAUCAUUGUUGAUCCUCAAAUUAUAUUUGGGGCAUUUAAAGAAGGGAAUGGUUAUUGAUGAUGUAAGAGUUCUCACAUGAAGAGCGGAGCAGUGCAAAAUGGAAGAGGAGAAGGAUUUGGAAUGUCGGAAUUUCCAUUGUAUACCCAAAAUUGGUGGAAAUUGUUAAGAUGGGUUGAACAAAAAAAGAGUAUCUUGAUGGACUUUGGGUGCUUGUGUGAUUAUUUUUUUAAAAGGAAAACACAGAAGGGUGUAUUUGAUUUAUUGAUUUUUAAUUAAUUAUUCUGAUCAGUUAUCAUUUGUGUAGUUUUUAUCUCUAAAAGGAUGAAAAUGAUUUGGGAAGUAAUAAAUAUAUUAUUUUGUGGCUGGAA